AUGUCCAGCGACGAGAUUUCCCGUGAGCUGUCGCGACUAUGGCGCGUUCUCAGGACCACCAAGCAGAUGUGCGCCGAUAGAGGAUACGAAUUGACCGAAGCAGAAUGCAACAUCUCCCUCGACGAGUUCCGCCGCCAAUACGCAGAUGAGACCGGCGCGCCGCAACGGACACGAAUGGCAUUCACUGCGCGCCCAUCUGAGUCGAUGAUGCAGAAGUACCUGCCUCUGCAGCGACCUGGGCAGAACGAUGAAGGAAGGGAACCCAACAUCGGCACCAUCCACGUCGAGUUCUCUAACGAGCCCAACAUCGGCAUCAAGCACAUUAAGCAGUUCGCCCAGACUCUCUCGGAGAAGAACUACUACACCGGCAUCUUCGUCAGCUCCGUCGCACCUACUCCAGCAGCGAUGAAGAUCAUUCCCAGCAUUCUGCCGACUGUCAUGGAGAUCUUCAGAGAGGAGGAUCUUCUCGUCAAUAUCUCAAAACACGAGCUUGUGCCAAAGCAUGUGCUGCUCAGUCCGGAGGAGAAGAAGGGCCUGCUGGAGAGGUAUCGCUUGAAGGAGACGCAGCUGCCGAGAAUACGAUGGGACGAUCCGAUGGCCAAGUACUUGGGUUUGAGGAGAGGUCAGGUCGUCAAGAUCAUCAGGAAGUCGGAGACUGCGGGACGAUACGCCAGUUACAGGUGGUGCAUAUGA